ACAAAAUAAUAACAUUCAUCAAAACAUCUUUUCCUUAAAAAAGAAGUAAAAUCGUAUAAAACAUAAUAUAAUAGAUAGAAAUAUAGAUAGAAAUCAUAUAAAAUGUAUUAUUGAUAUUGAAUAAUUUGAAAUUACUUAAUAAAAUACUUAAUAAAAUUAGUUAAAAUUAUUAUUUAAUUAAAUAUAAUUAUAAAGAAAAAUGAAUAUAAGUGCUAAGCCAUUCAAAAAUGGAAAAGGUGUAAAUAAACCUUUUCGUUCUCCAUUUAAUAUACCCCAAAGUAAUAAUAAUAUAAAUAUCUCAAAAUUAAGCACAUAUGAAACACCAUCAAAAAUAUCCGUAGCAAAAAGACUAAUAUAUCAAAAAACACCUUCUCCUAAAAAAUUAUGUAUAAAUAAAGAAAAUAAUAAUAAACAAACAGAGAUUGAAAUAAAAAAUAAAUUAUAUCAAAUAGAUUUGGAAUUAUUAAAAAAAAAAAUACAAAAAAAAGAAGAAUCUAUUAAAAUUUUAAAAACUACAUUAUUAUAUAAGAAAAAGAACAAAGCUGAAAAUUUAGAAAGUGUUAUAAAAAAAUGGACAACAUGUUGUCAGAAUGCUCUUAUUGAUUAUCAGAAAUGUUUACAAGAAAAAAAUGAUCAACCAGUAAAAUUAUUUGAAAUUUUAUCUUCAUUUAAUAUUAAUCCUGAUAUAGUUUGUUUCUCUAUUGAUGAUGAUAUAUUUUAUUAAUUAAAAUAAAUAUAAAAAAAACAUAUUAUAUAAUAAUA